AUGAACCGUCGGUGCCCGUCGGAGAGCGCCGCCGACGAAGACACUCUCAGGCACGAGAAGCCGCUGCGUGCAGCACUGCCCAGUUCGACGGUGGAUUUUGAGGCGGAGGUGGUGGAUUUCGAGGCGAACAUGGAGGAGGAGGUGGUGGAUUUCGAGGCGGAGGCGGUGGAUCUGAUGGAAUUACUAAUUUUCAGUUCAGAGUCACUGCCACGCCUCCCAUCUUCACCGACUCCGAACACCCACCCGCCAUCGCGAAGAACUUAUACUCACUCCCACUGGAUCCUCAAUAAGUAUUCGGUAGAUGAUGAUGCAGCUAAUAAGCUCAAGGGAAUUUGUGGCAUUUGA